ACAGGUAAAAACAUUGAGAACUGUUUGGACGAAUUUUUGUUCAAAAUGGAAGUGGGCUCUCAGCUCUCAGUGGUGCGGAGCAGAAAGGUGCUGCUGGAUUCAGGGAUCUGCCCAGCUCACAUCAUCAUAGAAGGUGGCAAGAUUGUGGACAUAGUGCCUGAGGGAGUCACAGCACCACAGGGAACAAGUCAACAGAUUCUGGACGUUGGAGACCUCCUGGUGAUGCCUGGUGUUGUGGACAGUCAUGUCCACGUUAAUGAACCAGGCCGCACUGAUUGGGAAGGCUAUUGGACAGCAACAAGAGCAGCGGCAGCAGGUGGAAUAACAACUAUUGCUGACAUGCCACUGAACAGCAUCCCACCAACAACUACGUUAGAAAACUUCCGAACGAAACUGCAGGCUGCUAGAGACAAAUGCUUUGUUGAUACUGCAUUUUGGGGAGGUAUUGUCCCAGGCAACCAGUCUGCACUGCGCCCCAUGAUUAAGGCUGGGGUCCCGGGGUUCAAGUGUUUCCUCAUUAACAGUGGAGUGGAUGAAUUCCCUCAUGUUACUGAAGCUGAUCUGCAGCCAGCCCUGUCUCAACUGCAGGGCACAGGUCGGGUGUUACUGUUCCAUGCAGAGCGCAAGCUGGAACAUGUGACUCCUCAACUAAACAAUCCCCGUGAUUAUACAACAUUCCUGGUGACCCGACCCGACGAGAUGGAGGUGGAUGCCAUUCGAAUAGUUAUUAAACUUUGCCUCCAGUACAGAGUUCACUGUCAUAUUGUCCAUCUUUCCACUGCGGAAGCUCUACCCCUCAUAAAUGAAGCCCGCAGAGCGGGGGCUAUGCUUACUGUUGAAACCACUCAUCAUUAUCUCUCACUGGCUGCUGAAGACAUCCCAGAAGGUGCCACACACUACAAAUGUUGCCCUCCGAUUAGAGCAAGAAGAAAUCAGGAACGGCUGUGGUCUGCACUGAAAGCUGGAAAGAUAGACAUGGUGGUCUCUGAUCAUUCUCCAUGCACCGCAGACCUUAAACUGUUGCAGUCUGGAGACUUCCUCAAAGCAUGGGGAGGAAUUUCUUCUCUGCAAUUCGGUCUUCCACUGUUCUGGACUUCUGCUCGUCAACGAGGAUUUAGUCUUCAAGACGUAGUGAACCUAAUGUGUAAAAACACCGCCAGGCUGUGUGGGCUGGAGAACAGAAAAGGUUCUCUUGUUGUUGGUAAGGAUGCAGACCUUGUGAUAUGGGAUCCUGACAGAGAGUUUGAGGUGAAAGAUGCCUCAAUUCAUCACAAAAACAAGUUGACCCCAUAUCUUGGACGUAGACUGCAGGGAGAAGUUUUUGCUACCAUUGUCCGUGGAAAGAUUGUCUAUCUACAAGGAAAAUUCUCCGAUAAACCCCUGGGAGAGCACAUUCUGAUCAAUAAUACUCAAUCAUGAACCGAAUCAAGCUUCACGUUUAUGUUCUUUCCCAAAAACACAUUAAUCAGAGCCGACCUAUCUCAUUUCAGCACGUUUGCAUCCAUUAAAUACAUACGUAGAAGUGCCUGCUAGUGACUGUUCGUGGGUGAACUUCUGACAUGUUUUGCAUGGUAUUUCUCUGUCUGUAAUUUUGACAUUGAAUGCUGGGAAUAACUGCUCCACCACUAUGUGAGAGUAUUAUGCUCAAACAUGAAAAGUGAGAGCUGGGAAAGUCCUGCUUGUCAACUAGCCUGUCCCAUAGAACUGAAUUGUCUUGUGCAUUUCAAUACAUAAACUCCCACCUCCACCAGGAAGCCGCAUUACUUCCAGCUGGAGUGAUGGAAAAUGAAAACCAUCAAAACGUCGAGAAGGGAAGAGGGUAGAAGAAAAUUCUAAAAUAUUUCUCUAUUCCAGACACCAUUCCAGCCCUAAUUAAUGUGCAGGGUAACCUUUGCUACAGCCACUAAGAAGGUCCAGCUCUCAUGAAGUAAUUUAAGAAAUCAGCAUUGGUCUCACAAACCAGAAACCUGUCCCACAAUUCCGCUAUUCUCUAGGUAAAGAAGAGCCUCCUAACAGCCAGCAUUAAACAUAUCAAUUCAUUGAUGUCAGCAACACUGAUGACCGUAACAGUACAGACAGUGAAUAAGGAUAUCACUCAUGUCAUGAUUAAACAUCUUAGAUUCCCCUACAGUGAGGAAACAGGCCCUUCGGCCCAACAGGUCCACACCACCCUUUGGAACAUCCCACCCAAACACAUCCUCCGAUAACUCUCACACCCCUGAACAAUCUGGGCAAUUUAGCAUGGCUAAUCCAUCUAGCCUGCACAUCUUUGGACUGCGGGAGGAAACCAGAGCACUCGGAGGAAACUCACACAGACACGGGGAGAAUGUGCAAACUCCGCACAGACAGUUGCCCAAGGCUGGAAUCGAACCCGGGUCACUGGUGCUGUGAGGGUGCAGUGCUAACCACUGAGCCGUGCCGCCCUGAUCUACUAUAAACUGUAGUUAAUGUAAUGGACUAAUUGAUAAUCUGACUACACAUUUUGCUUAGUGGAAGCAGCCAGUAGCAGGAACAGGCUCAUAACAAAUUAGCAUCACAUUUAUACCAUGUUGUUUGAACUUCAGAUAGAAAAGAAAAUAAAUCCCUAGGAUUGCCUAUCAA